AUGACCGGAAAACUUGACAAAUCUCUCGAUGACAUCCUCAAAGGAGCUCGCAGCCAGACUAAAGGGCGUGCAACUCGUCGCGGUCCACGAGGUACUGCCAAGACCAAUGGAACUGUCACCGCUCCUGUUGGAGGCGUGAAGAAGACGACAAAGGCCGUCAAGCCAGUCGGGAGCCGAGCUGUACCAACUGGACCACAUCGCUCAGUCGAGAGCAAGAUUAUCGUCAGCAACUUGCCCCCAGAUGUCACUGAGGCUAUGAUGAAGGAGUACUUCGGCAAGACAAUUAGCCCCGUCAAGAAAGUGCUGAUGUCUUAUGGACCAGACGGCAAGAGCCGCGGGAUCUGCACCGUUAUCUUCCGCGAUUCUCAUGCAGCCGCCCAAGCCGCGGAGGAGAUGAAUGGCGUUAAGGUUGACCAAUCGCCCAUGAAGGUUGAACUCGUCCUCGGACCUCACGAUGCUCCCGCAAUUCCGCAGGCCAAGAACUUGAAAGAUCGGAUCACAAAACCUAAGCCCACAAAGGCUCAGCCUAAACCUGCCAACGCCGCGAAGCCGGCUACUGGCAAGGCUGGAAAGGCGAAGCGUGGUGGGCCUAGGGGAAAGCCCAAGAAGACACAGGAAGAGCUCGAUGCUGAUAUGGCUGACUACUUCGUUGGCGGAGCAGGUGAUACAACCGUACCCAAUGGAGGUUCAGCGCAACCAGCCACUAAUGGUGGAGAUGUCGGCAUGGUCGACGAUAUUCAGUGA